AAAAAAGUGCGCAGAAGAAGGAGGAGCGGAUUUAGAGGAGUUUGGGGAGUGCGAGCUGUCACACCGGGGCCGCGAGGCAGGGACGGCGGAGCAGCGCGCGAUGUGACUGUGCGAGUAACGGGAAUACCGGGCCCGUGAUCUGAGCACAUGCAGCACCUGCCUGAUCCGCAGGUACUUCAUACACCUACUUCAUCCCGCAUCCUUCCGUUAAUUAAACUACUAAACGGACAGCCGUAAACUGUUGAUGUUGAUGUUUGUUCCGUCGCUUCCCGGAUAAACAGCAAACUUCCUGCAACAAGUGGAAUUCCCUCUUUUUUCGCUCUUGUUUUGAAACCGCGUGGGUUGCGCGCGAGCCCCGCUAUGGAGGAGCAAAAGGACCAAAUCGGGCGCGACUCAAGCGAGGCUGAGCGCGCGGCGCCCUCCCCCCCGGUGCUGCCCCACCAGGCAGCGCAGCAGCUCCACCGGACCACCAACUUUUUCAUAGACAACAUCCUGAGGCCGGAUUUCGGCUGCAGGAAAGAGCUCGCGGCGCGGGAGCGCGAGCGGGAGAGGGAAAGGGAGCGCGCGCACAACGCGGGCCGCGAGAACGUCAACCCUCUGGCCGCGAGGCCGACGCAUACGGGCGGCCUUCUUCGCCACGACGCCAGCGGAGGCAGCGAUUGCUCGUCGUCUUCGUCAUCCUCUUCCUCCUCGUCGCCGUCGUCAUCGUCGCCAUCCUCCAAGACGUCGUCUGCCAAACUGGGUACGGAUGGAAACGGAAGCACGACAGCCAAGUACGGGGAGCACGCGCCCAUAAUGGAAGUGAACGGGAACGGGGGGACCCCGCCAGCCAAAGAGUCGCAGCCGUUACUGUGGCCAGCGUGGGUUUAUUGUACCCGGUACUCGGAUAGACCGUCAUCCGGCCCGAGGACGCGCAAACUGAAGAAAAAGAAGAGUGAAAAGGAGGACAAGCGGCCACGGACGGCCUUCACGGCCGAGCAGCUGCAGAGACUCAAGGCCGAGUUCCAGGCCAACCGCUACAUCACGGAGCAGAGGAGGCAAUCACUGGCCCAGGAACUGAACCUCAACGAAUCCCAGAUAAAAAUCUGGUUCCAGAACAAAAGGGCCAAAAUCAAAAAAGCCACUGGUUUUAAGAACGGCCUUGCCCUGCAGCUCAUGGCCCAAGGACUCUACAACCAUUCCACCACCACGGUUCAAGACGAGAAAGAGGAUAGCGAGUGACCACAAGGCCUCUCGGUUCUUCGUUCUAUAAUGCCUAGAGACGCUGACCCAAAGCGACCUGGUUGUUGUUGUUUUUAAUUUUCCAUAUCCUUUGUGCAACAAAUGUAUGGAUAAGAGAACUCUUGACCUUCUCAAGAGACCCUAUUUAAACAGAUCUAUCAUAGGCUACAAUAUACGGCCAUACACCUAAAUACGAACACUACGGAGAUUUAUAUAUAUAGCCCAAAACUGUAAGAUGUAUAUAUUUAAAUUCAGGUAGGGGGUCUCCUUACUUGCUGGACGUUUAUAUCGUUUCACCCCCACCUUCCUGAUGUUGUCGCUCACAAUCCCAGUAGUUUUUGUGAUACCCCUCCUGUCUCUAAAACUCGAAAAAUCUAUCUCACCAAUCCACACAUGCGUGACUGACUGAACUGAACGCUUCAAGCCAAAGAUUUUAAUAUGUUUAGAGAUUAUGUUGUCUGAAAUAAUAAAAAAGGUAGAAUGUGCAA